GUCCGCAAGGAACAAAAAACAUUGUGUUCGUGAAUGGGAGCUGGUGAGCUCAACCACAAGGCGAGUGCAAUGAGAAACCAGGCAGACUUCAGUCGCUGGUGCUGCUGAGCACCAAUCCUCUCUCCCUCUUGUCUCUCCCCGUCUCUGUCUGCCAGCUAGGACUGAGCCUCGUGUGCGACGUGGAGACUCCUCCGGCUGCUGCUUUCAGGGCUGCUCCCCUCCCUGCUACCUCUGGCUGUGUUUGGGCUAUGGUCCUGACUGAGAAGCAGGGCAUCACCCAGAUGCGGGGAGCCGACUGUAUGGGAGGUUAAGCUUGUAAACACCAGCAUGGGAGCCAAACAGAUGAAAUGUCUCAGCUCAGCCAGCCCUGCUCACACCCCCAAAGAGGAGUAUGUUAUCACCCAGUCCACUGACACCCCUAAAGAGGAAACAGUCCACGAUCAGUCUGAGAACCAGAGGGAACCUCAGGAUGAAAAAUCUGAGCUGACAGAGAAGAAAUCUGUCACAGAGGAGGUGUCUCUCUGUGGAUUGUGUCCCUCCCUCGGGCAGGAUGCGCAGGAGGAAGAAAAGUCCUGGGAGGAGCAGCUGGAUGCCCACCAGGAGCAGCUGGAGAAGGAGAUGCAGGAGGCCAGGCGGAUGGUGUUCCGCCUACAGGCUUUGCUGCUCCAUGGCUCCCUCCCCGAGGAAGACCAGGAUGGAUCCGUGAGCUUCGGAGAUAGCCGGGCUAACGCUGAACAGCAGCUGGUUCUAAUCCGCAGUCGUCUGGACCAAAGCAUGGAGGAAGCCCUUGAUCUCAAGAGGGAACUCCUGAGGCACAAACAGGAGACGCGCCACAUUCAGGCCAUCAAGGAUGCUCUGCAGCAGCGCUUGGCAGUGCAGGAGGAUGCCGUGCUGCAGCUAAAGCAGGAGCUGCUGAGGUGCAACAUGGCCAAAGAUCAGCUGGAAGGGGAAAAUGCGGAGCUCAAACGCAAGUUGAGUGAAAGGAACAAAUUACUCAGUGAAUAUGAGCAGCAACUCGGGAGGAAGGACAGAAUACUGCAGCAACAGCAACAAAAGCUUGACGAGGCUCAGCAUAAAGCACACGAAGUCAGCCUUGGACGGUCAUUUAGGAGUGAAAGUGGUGGCUACGGUAACUCGGUGGCUUCAACAUCUCCUCCAGCAUUCAAACACAAUGCGCCGGGGGAAGAGCUGCAGCUCGUCCGGGAAGCACUACGCAGUUUGAGGGACAGUUUUUCGGGCCACGACCCCCAGCAUCACACCCUGGACACCCUGGAGCAGGGCGUGGCCAGUCUCAUGGACCGAUUGCACUCUUUGGACACCCAACGCAGACAGGACAGAGGGGAGGAAUUCAAAUCACCAGGACGCAGAGCCAACUCGACAGACCGUGACUCCUGGCCGCCGAGCUCAAAAAUGGCGCACUCCCACAGCAGCCCGGGGUUGGACACUGCCGUCUCCACUAAAGUGCUCUAUUUCACCGAUCGCUCGCUAACUCCAUUUCUGAUUAACAUCCCAAAAAGGCUGGGCGAGGUGACGCUGCGAGACUUCAAGGCUGCGGUAGACAGACAAGGCAGUUUCAGAUACCACUUCAAGGCCCUUGACCCAGAGUUUGGCACAGUGAAGGAGGAGGUGUUUCAGGAUGGAGCAGUUGUGCCCGGCUGGGAAGGGAAGAUCGUAGCGUGGGUGGAAGAGGACCACGGAGAGCGGAGGUAGAACCCAAAAAAACCAGAGAUCACCACUACAAACCUCAGUUACUCCCACUGGAACAGGAAUCCACUGAAAAAUACUUGUGAUGCCAUAACAAAGAAUAGUUCUAAUACAAUUAACUGGGACCAAUGGAGCUAAAAACCAUUUCAAUACAUCUUUUAAAAGUGAAUGUUUCAUAUAAAGAAUUUGACUUGACAUUUGGUUACUGCUCUAUUUGACGGAACGCAUAUUGACGUUGUUUGCAGCUCAUGAAUUAACAUGUGGGACUGCCAUUUAAGGGUCAGUGACGUGAUACUUGAAACUGAAUUACAAAAGAAUGUUACUUUUACAUUAAAUAACACACUCUAAGCUGUGCUCUAAAAAGCUGUAAUCACUGCAUAGUAUGCAAACCUUAAAACAAAAGUGUUUACUGACAUUUUUUUCACACGUUCCAGAUUGCCAAAUUGUGAUGUUGUUGUUCUGCAUCAAUUUUGAUGUUUUAAUAAAUUAUUGCAUGGAU